UACGUUUUGUCUUCGUCUACGUGUCGCCGAAUUUUUGGAUGAAAAUACUUUUCACAAAUUUUGUUUUUAUCAAUUUUAUAUAAAUAAACAAAAUAAUGUAAAUUCUGUUGUGAAUAUAAAACCCCCAAAACCAAUGGAAUCAAAACUUGAAGCUUACAGAUUACGCAAACGACGACAACAAAAAUACGAACAAUUCAAAGGAAUUCUCCAAAGAAUGGUUUCUUUUGGAACUGGUGCUAGGACGGAUAGAGACAAAGAAGAUCAUAUAAUUGAUGUUCCAGCAAAUAAACUUGAAGAUGUUUCUUUGGAAAAAGAUAAUCAACUUUCAGACAUUUUAUCCUCUUCCGAUGAAAAUGAACCCUCUUCAGCUCCCGAAUCCGCAAUUGAAGAUCCGAAUGCUGCUCCCCCAAUCGACCAUCACAAAGAAUACAUCAAUUACACAUUGAAAACCUGCUAUUUUCUCUUUUGGGCCACUUGCUUUGUCAUUGCCAUCGAAUUGCAAUUCGGAAUUGUUUUUCUAAUGUUUUCAGCUUUGUUGGGAAUUUAUUUCAAUACGAGAACAGGUCCGAAACCAAAACACGAACCGAGUGCUUAUAGUGUGUUUAAUAAGAACUGUGAGAGUAUAGAUGGAACUCUAAAGGCAGAACAGUUCGAGAGGGAGAUUAGAUAUGGAUCGAGCAGUGUUCGGUAAACACUUUCUUGUCCCAACUGAUGACUGAUUGACAAGAUUUAAUUCUCGAAUCUGAGAUCUUAAAAAAGAAUAUUUAUAUGUCUUUCGAUAGAGUUAAGUCUUUUUUUUAGAAGAAUUUACAAGUUCUUUUUAGAAAAUUUGUAAAAGUUUUUAUUUAUACAAACAAAAAGAAAAAUGUUUAUAAAUUUUUGUAUUUAUUA